UCCCACUCCCUCCCGAGUCCCGACCCCCUCGCCGCGUCGAUCGAAUCCCGAAUCCCAAUCCCCGGCCAGCCGCCGUCGCCGCCGCCGCCGCGAUGAGCGUGGUGGGGCUCGACGUGGGCAACGACACCCUGGUGGCGGCGGCGGCGCGGCAGCGUGGGAUCGACGUGCUGCUCAACGCCGAGUCCAAGCGCGAGUCGCCGGCCGCCGUCGCCUUCUCCCACAGCGCGCGCCUGCUGGGCGCGCACGCGUCCGGCGCCGCAUCCUCCCACGCCCCCUUCUCCAGCCCCAAGCGCCUCCUCCUCCUCGCCUCCCGCCCCGCCCCCCGCGACCUCCCGCGCCUCCCCUUCCCCGUCGACGUCGCCCGCUCCGGCGCCGGCGGGGGCGCCCGCGUCCACGUCGACCACCUCGGCCGCCGCAUCGCGCUCUCCCCGACCCACAUCCUCGCCAUGUUGCUCGCCUACCUGCGCCAGCUCGCCGAGGACGACCUCGGGGCCCCCGUCGCCGACUGCGUGAUCUCCGUCCCCUGCUACCUCACGCAGGCGCAGCGCCGCGCCUACGUCGACGCCGCGGCCGUCGCGGGGCUCCGCCCGCUCCGCCUCAUGCACGACCUCGCCGCCACCGCCCUCGGCUACGGCCUCUACCGCUCCGACCUCGGCGUCGCCGGGGGCCCCACCUUCGUCGCCUUCGUCGACGUCGGCCACUCCGACACCCAGGCCGGGGUCGUCGCCUUCGACGCGUCCGGGAUGAAGGUGCUGUCGCACGGCUUCGAUGCGGACCUGGGCGGCCGGGACUUUGACGAGGUGCUGUUCGAGCAUUUCGCUGAGGAGUUCAGGGACAGGUAUAAGAUCGAUGUCGUGGGUAAUGUGAAGGCGAGCAUGAGGCUGAGGGCCGCCUGUGAGAAGGCGAAGAAGGUGUUGAGCGCGAACGCCGAGGCCGUGGUCAACAUAGAGUGCCUCAUGGAGGAGAAGGACGUGAGGGGGAUGAUCCGGAGGGAAGACUUUGAGAAGCUCUGUGCUGAGUUGCUGGAGAGAGUUGUUGAGCCGUGCAGGCGGGCGAUGGCAGAUUCAGGUAUUGGAUUGGAUAAGCUGCAGUCUGUGGAGCUCGUUGGGUCAGGGUCUCGGGUACCUGCUAUUGCUAGAGUUCUGGCCGGAUUCUUUAGAAGGGAGCCUAGUCGCACAAUCAAUGUCAGUGAGUGCGUGGCUCGUGGUUGCGCGUUGCAGUGUGCAAUGCUUAGUCCCACAUUCCGUGUUCGGGAGUAUGAGGUGCAAGAUGUAAUCCCUGCCUCAAUAGGAUUUUGCACAAAUGAAGGCCCAAUAUCAGCAUUGACAAGCAACGCAUUGUUCCGGAGAGGCCAGCCCCUUCCUAGUGUUAAGAUAAUUACUUUGCAUAGGACCAGUGGUUUUACUUUGGAUGCUUUUUACGUGGAUGAGAAUGAACUGCCCCCUGGCACCUCAACACAAAUCGGUAGUUUUGAGAUUGGACCUUUCCAAGCACAUAGUGAAAAAUCUAAAGUGAAAGUAAAAAUCCGGUUAAAUCUCCAUGGACUUAUUUCAGUGGAAUCAGCUGUUUUGAUUGACGAUGAUCAAAGGGAUGCAAAUUCUGCUGACUCUAUGGAACUCGAUUCCAAUGAUAACAUGGAUCACAAGUCGAGAAAUGAACCGCCAAUGCACCGGCAGGACUUGCAAAUUGUUGAGUCUAUUUAUGGCGUAAUGAGCAAGCAGGAAUUGCUGGAAGCUCAAGAGCAAGAACAACAACUGGCCUAUCAGGAUAAACUUGUCGAGCGAACGAAAGAGAGGAAGAACGCAUUGGAAUCCUACGUGUACGACACCCGUAAUAAGCUUUCUGAGAGGUAUCGGAGCUUUGCUACUGAUUCUGAAAGGGAAGAAAUCUCAGUUAAUCUACAGCAGACAGAAGAUUGGCUUUAUGAAGAAGGUGAUGAUGAGACUGAAGCAGUUUACACUAGUAAACUCGAGGAGCUAAAAAAGCUUGUAGAUCCCAUUGAAUAUCGUUGUAAAGAUGAGGAAGCCAGAGCUGAAGCUACAAGGGAGCUUCUGAAGUGCAUUGUUGACCAUAGAAUGGCUGCCAAGUCAUUAUCUGCGCCUGAACGAGAUGCUAUUGACAAUGAGUGCACUAAAGUUGAGCUGUGGCUGAGGGAGAGCUCGCAACUACAGGAGUCCUUGCCCAAGAAUGUUGACCCUGUAGUUUGGUCUCAUGAAAUCAAGAAAAAGGAAGAGGAGCUGGACAUGUCAUGUAGCAAAAUAGUAACUAGCAGGGCACGGGGGCAUGACAACGAUGAUGGAUGCUAGCAGGUUCAGAUCAAAUGCAUAAAUCAGAUAGAGAUAUUAGACCUUGCUGAGGAUUCCCUGCAGAAUGGCCAUGGCCAGGUUUGACAUUUUGUAGAAAUAUACGGACGUACGGAUAUCUUCUAACCUUGCCAUACGAUCAACUCUGUACCACACUGCCCGCCAUUGGGUGCCUGCAUCUCAGUACACUGACGUGCAGUUUUCACUAGCCAUGAUUGUUGAUACAUGUGAAUUCUUUUUCUUCGUAAUCAGAUAAAGGUUGUCGUCUGCUUUAGUUUGAUGUGAACGUACAAGAUGAGAAAUGGAAGCAAAUUUGUGUGCAAUGUAUCUACUUACCAAGGAGUCGUCUGCUUUAGUUUCAUGUGAACGAACAAGAUGAGAAAUGGAAGCAAAUUUGUGUGCAAUGUAUCUACUUACCAAGGAGUCGUCUGCUUUAGUUUCAUGUGAACGAACAAGAUGAGAAAUGGAAGCAAAUUUGUGUGCAAUGUAUCUACUUACCAAGGACCGCAUAGUUAUAACUUGCUGUAUUCAUGUAUGGAAGAUAUGAUCAAUGACCAUAGAUCUUCAUGCUUGAAUGUUUUGUUGCAGUGAGAUUUUACUUUUGAA